AAUAAACACGAUGUCGACAGUUAUGGAUCAUAUUAUAAUGUAAAAUGAAUUUCAGCCCACUAUUAUAGUUAGUUUAAUACGGUUUUGAAAAUAUAAUUUGGUAGAUACUUUAGUAUAAUCAUGAAUCUGAAGUGGAAAAUUACAUUAUUGGUUUGUACUUUUUUCCUGAGAAACAACGUCGUUAAUGCAGGUUCAAAUGGUCACUUUAGAAUUUUUGGAGGAAAAAAGACUAUUAUAGAACGACAUCCUUGGAUGGUCUCCCUUCAGUUUCCUCUUAUUGGUCACUUCUGCGCAGGGUCACUAAUAAAUAAGGACACCGUAAUAACAGCGGCACAUUGUCUUAAUCAUCCUCUUUUAAAGCCAACCUCAGUGUUACUAGGAACUGCUGAUCAAAGCGGCUCAGGUACUACCGUAUACAUUAAAACAUAUAAAUUGCAUGAAAAUUUUUCUGUGGAAAAUGCAGACGAAAAUCAUGUAAAAGCUAAUAAUGAUAUAGCGUUUAUUAAGUUAGAAGAGGAUGUAAAGUUUUCUAAAAAAAUUCAACCCAUAAAACUACCUGAACAAGAUGCUAAAAUACCAAAAGGAACAUCGCUCGUAGUUGCAGGCUGGGCGAAAACAUCGCCAGAUGGAUUGACGUCCAAAGUUUUGAGAGACGCUAAAGUUACCGCUGCAAGCCACGCCCGAUUAUGUGAUAGUGACGACAAACUUUGCGCUGGAAAUAGAAAAUCAGGAGUUUGCGAGGGCGAUUCGGGAGGUCCAUUAGAACUAAAUGGUACGCUAGUUGGUAUUGUGUCCUUCGGUGAACAUGACUGUGUAAAAAGUGGUGACCCAUCAGUUUAUGCCAAUGUCGCAUUCUUCCGUACAUGGAUAAAAAACGAAGCUGGUGUUUAAUUUCUAUGUGAGAUUAUUUCUCGUAAUAAAUAUAAACAUAUAAACUAA